CACUUGCAUUCAUUACCAGCCAAAGUUUCCAGAACUGCAAUCUUCACCCCCCAUCCACUUCAUUCAUCUCCUUCUCCACUGUCUUAACAUAUUAAAUAAAACGUUUCCCCCUGAUCAACAGUCUACGUAGCAAUCUCCAAACACAAGUAGUCAGUCAACCUGUAAAUGGCAUCAAUGGCUACUGCUGCCAGCUCCACCACUGUUGUUAAGGCAACCCCAUUCUUGGGCCAGACCAAGAAUGCCAACCCCCUCAGAGAUGCUGUCUCCAUGGGAAAUGCCAAAUACACCAUGGGUAAUGAUUUAUGGUAUGGACCAGACCGUGUCAAGUACCUAGGACCCUUCUCGGCUCAGACUCCAUCUUACCUGACCGGAGAAUUCCCCGGUGACUACGGCUGGGACACUGCUGGUUUGUCUGCUGAUCCUGAGGCCUUUGCCAGGAACAGGGCUCUUGAGGUUAUCCACGGGAGAUGGGCCAUGCUUGGAGCACUUGGCUGCAUCACCCCAGAAGUUCUUGAGAAAUGGGUGAACGUUGAUUUCAAGGAGCCUGUCUGGUUCAAGGCUGGAGCCCAGAUCUUCUCCGAGGGUGGGCUUGACUACUUGGGCAACCCAAACCUGGUUCAUGCUCAAAGCAUUCUGGCAGUUCUUGGAUUCCAGGUUGUGCUCAUGGGACUUGUCGAAGGAUUCAGAAUCAAUGGUCUGGAUGGAGUCGGAACGGGCAACGACCUGUACCCUGGUGGCCAGUACUUUGACCCCCUUGGCUUGGCUGAUGACCCGGUGACUUUUGCUGAGCUCAAAGUAAAGGAAAUCAAGAAUGGAAGGCUGGCCAUGUUCUCCAUGUUUGGGUUCUUUGUUCAGGCUAUAGUUACCGGUAAAGGGCCAUUGGAGAAUCUCUUGGACCACCUUGAUAACCCUGUUGGUAACAAUGCCUGGGUUUAUGCCACAAAGUUUGUGCCUGGAUCAUAAGCUAGAGACUUGAUGUAGUCAUGUGAUUGGAUGAGUGUGCGUAAUUUGUGUAAAUUAUCUAUAUAUACAUGCCAAGAAGUAACGUCCUUUGUGCA